GCAGCAGGGAGAGAAGCAGCUCUUCGAGAAGUUCUGGAGAGGCACCUUCAAAGCCGUGGCCACGCCGCGACCCGAGAGCAUCAUCGUGGCCAGUAUCACCGCCCGCAAGCCGUUGCCCAGUGGGACGCUCAGCUGCCUGCCGUACCCUGCGGAGGACAGACGGCCCGAGAAGCUGAGCAGCUGCGUGGUCAGGGAGCCUGCCAGCACCAAUGGCUGUGCCAAGGGGAGGGACAGACGGGACCAUGGCCACCGCAGGUCACGCAGCCCUUCGUGUGAUGGGGAGCGGCUACUGCCAGCUCGGGGGAAGAAGAAGAAAAAGAAAUCUGGCCGCAAGAAGAGAAGGAGGUCUCCCUCCUACAGCCCUUCACCUGUGAAGAAGAAGAAGAAGAAAAGCUCCAAGAAGCGAAAAAAAACCAGGUUGUCAUCAAAGAAGAGAAGGCACAGUUCUUCAAGCCCCAAAAGUAAGAGAAAGGAAGAAAGAAAACACAAAAAACACUCUCGUGGGCGCACCCGGAAAUCCCAUCGGCAUCGGCGCUGCCACUCUCGCUCAGAGAGCUCCGACUCCCACUCCCCCAGCUGCCGGAGCAGGCACAGAGCCAGGUCUCGGGAGGAAGGGCGUAAAACACGGCGAAGGCGCUCCUGGCACCAUUCAAAGAUCACAGCAAAGAGAAGCUCCUCUGCAGAUGUUCAGGCCAGUCAAAAAGCCAGCCAAACCCUCCCACUCUACAGCUUCCUGUCUUCUAAGGAAGUAAUCUCUCAGUCAGGGUCUUCUGCUGACCUCUUUACCAAAACAGACAGCCCGCCUGGCAACCUAGCCAGCCAGAAUGGAGAGUAUCAUGAAUAUGACUCAGGAAACGAUACUUCCUCCCCUCCCUCCACUCAAACGAGCUCAUCCAGGUCAAAGGACAGCCAGGAGAAAAGAAGUCUAGUCCAUGAUGGCUUUGGCCAUGCCUUCUCGUCCGGGAAGCCCAAACUGGCCAACAGCGGUAACAGCUCUGAUUCAGGAAAUUCCUUCACCAGUUGCUUUUCCCACACCAAGGGAACAGCUUUGGAAAAUCUGUCUCCAGAUGCCCAGGGACAAGACCGAAGAGCGUGCCUACCGUCAUGUCUGGGCUCCUCAGAGGACAAGAAGCGAAUCCCGCUCCCCUCAGCGGCGCGCAGCUCCCCGCGCAGGCCCGGCUCCCGCAGCGCCUCCUGCAGCAGCACGGGCCGCUCCUCCCCCGCCUCCAGCCGCUCCUCGCACCGCCGGGCCUCGCCCAGCUCCUCCCGAAGCAGGUCCUGCUCCUCGGCAAGGAGGUCUUCCUCACGUUCCCCCAGCUAUUCCUCCAAAUCCUGCAAAAAAAGUCCUGGGAGUAGAAGUUCGAGGCCUCGCCGGAGCCCCAGUUACUCCCGCUACAGCCGUAGCAGGGACCGCGAGCGGGAGCACAAGUACAGCUCCAGCGAGAAGGAGUCGCACCGGGAGCGACAGCGGCAGCGGCGGCGCCGCUCCUACUCCCCCCUGAGGAAACGCCGGAGAGACUCUCCCAGCCACCUGGAAGCCCGGCGCAUCACAAGUGCCCGCAAACGCCCCAUCCCCUACUACCGUCCCAGCCCCUCCUCGUCCAGCAGCGCCGGCAGCUAUUCCUCCUGGUACAGCAGCUUCAGCCGCUCCCCGAGCCGCAGCCGCAGCUACUCCAGCUACCGGACGAGCCGCAGCCGAAGCUGGAGCAGCAGCCGGAGCUCGGGCCCCAGGAGCAGCCGCAGCAGGAGCAGGAGCUAUGACUCAGGAGCCAGCUCCGACAGCCUGCGUCGUUAGGGAGUGCCACUGCUGGCUGACACCGGGUGCCGGCGUCACCGCCACAUUCCUGGCAUUCUCCGCUUCCUUCCCACCUACCUGGCCAUCGAUAGCAAUCAUCCCCGAUACUGACGCGGUGGCACUGCCGGGUCCCCCUUCCCCGGUUGGGAGUGAGAGCCCUGGAGCGCCUGGUGCAGCCCCUCCUCCCCAGCGGAGCGGGUGGCUCCGUCCCAGCUCCCCAGGCCAGGCUGGAAGAAGGGUCGGUGCUUUAGAGAGGGUCUGUCAGCACAGACCUGCUCCAUCCUCCCCGAUGCUCCCAUCUCCCCAUUGCUACUGCUCUCCAAAGCACUACCAGUGGUCCAAAGGAAGGAACUCUGCUCCUUGCUCUUCUCACAAACCAGGAACCAACAAAUUAACUUCUGCUGGAGAGACAGACCCAGUUGGGGAGGAGUUCGCUGGAAAACUUCAGUGAUGGGUGGGGGAAUGGCUGUCCCCACCAAGGCAAAUACCAGGUCCUUUGGGUCUCUCCUCCAGAGCUGCUGCCCGCUCUGCAGAGAAAAUAUUUAUUUUUUGCCAGUCAGCCAGUCCCUGCUAUAAAUAGAAGGCUAGAAAUCCCUCCCAAUGUACUUCCUGGGGGAAAAAAAAAGCCUGUUUGCUCUUUCUCCUGCCCUUUCCUACCAGGCAGCAGCACCUUUUGCAGGGUUGUUUUAUCCCCCCAGCACUGAAUCGCUUGCAAACCACCUGCUGAGGUCUGAAGCAGACCUGGGGCUGGUGGGGUACAAGGCAGAGGGGAGGUGGUGCCUUGCUGUGCUCCGAGGGCUGGGCCACGCAGGGGAGACAGGAGCUGUGGGGUUUCCCUCUUGGAGGAAGCCUCAGACAGGUUGGGUUUAGGUUCUUCUUCAGGGAGCAUUGCCCUUGGAUGCAUUGCUGGUGGGACCAGAGGGAGGUGCAGAGAUGGCAGUUGUGGGGUGCAGUCAGAACACACAGGGUUAAAAGGGCAUUGCAAGAGCCAGGGGACCCCCAUUCCCCUUCCUUAAAACACACAGCAGGAUUCCAGGCAAUCCUGGAAUUCCUCCUUGAGCCCCUCUGGCUGCCCCAGGGCAGCAUCAGCAGCACAGCUGCAGGGCCAGUGCCAGGCAGGAUGCACUGGUGCCCCAGUUUGUUACUGGGAGGCUGGAGCAGUGCAGGGGGACGGGAAGGGCCCCCACUAAUUGCCUGUUUUGCCAGGGAGCCACAGGCUGCCCUGGGCCCUGGGGUUUUGUCUCCGUGCCAGCCCAGCUGCCUGCGCAAUUACUGUGUUUUGCCGGGUAACAAAAGCUUCUCCCAGCACAGGCUGAGCUGGUGCCGAGGAGUUUAUUUCUCUUACAACACCUGGGUGCUUAGAGACGCUAAUUUGGGCUUAAGACUUCCCUCCCUCCCUUUUUCCAUCCCCUCCCCUUCCAUCCUGCAUGAUUAUUAACGAGUUUGGGCUUAAUGAGUCAAGGAGGUGUGUGUUGUUUAAGUGUUACAGAAAAGGGCUGAGUGCAGCCACCAUCUGCAGGAGGAGAGGGGCUCAAAAAGAAUGCAACCCACCCCCCAUCUACAGAAUUAUCUACAGGCCCCUGGCAGCUGGAAAAGGGACAAAGCAGCAAGGGGAGGAAGGCUGAGUGCCACGAGCUGCUGUGGUGGAACUGGAUGAUUGCCUCAGCAAGCCUAUAAAUCUGUUAUCUGUUGGAAGGUACAGCAGCACAGGCAGGGAUUCCAUCUGGGUGGUACAGGAGGAAGUUUUAUGUCAGGGCCAUCUUUCCCAGGAUCUUUCCUGGUGCUGGUUCCCCUUGUCCUGUGCCUUCAAUGGCCAAAGCUCCCCCUUUUCCCAGACCCUCAUCCCUCACCUUGCUUGCUGCAGGCAGUGUGAGGAUGAGGGGGCUGAGGCAGAGAGCUGGGCGCUGGUGUGGUUGGUUUAGUGGGGAUGGGUCCAACCUCUGGGAAGAUCCUUUCUGGGAUACAGAGAGAAGUGCUCCUGGCAGGGCUGAGCAAAUGCUCCAGGGAUCAAAGACAGGAUGCCACUGCCCUCCCUCCUGUGCUGGCCCCAGCAGCAGCCCCUUGGCCACCCUCUGCAGCAAACUCCCUCUCAAAAGGGCUGAAAACUUCAUGCUUCUUCCCCAAAGAGUCUCUCCCAGUCUGAUGCUGAAAUGCCCCAUCCUUCUGCUCCCUGGGAAGAUCCAAAGGCAGUGAUGGGAUCCCAGACCUCCCCAGCUCUCCCAGUGUUUCAGGAGCACCCCCUGCCCCUUGGCACCCCGUAAUGCACACGCGGAGCUGCAGCAGGGAAGCAGCGAGCCUGGAGAUCCAAAACCAGGGAAGGAAAGGAAAGAAGAGGGGCUUUGUGCAACUGGUGUAAAUACCAAACUCACACUGACUGGAAUCCUCGUGGCUGGGGACAGAUGAUGGAAGCACCACAGCAGGGUUGGCAGCACCCACCCCGUGUGGGUCAGGGGUUGUGUGGGGCAGCUCCUGCACUCGUCCAGCUGAUCCCUCCAUCAAGGACUGCCUCUGCCUGAACAGUCCAUGGCAGCUAAAUGCUCCUAGGGUUUUCCCAAGCAGACUUGCAUUGGAGUAAACCUCUCUAAAUUAUUUAUUUAUUUAUUUAUUUAAUAUUAUUAUUAUUCUAUUUUUAAUUGUAUGUCAGAAUGGACCAGUAUUUAUUUAUUCUGAUUUUUUUUUUCUAACGUUAAGUUAUUUUUGGAUCUGUUUGUUUGUUCAAAUGUAUCCAUGCCGCCGGUCUCGUGUAAAGGUUUACAGCUGUGGCCCCUCUCAGUGAGGUGGCCGGAGGAGUGACAGUCACUCCUGCUGCCACCGUGUCCCUGUGCGCUCUCAGGGACACACGAAGGGACGCAGGGCAGAGCUGCGCGCUUUCACCUUGGAAUCUCGGGUUUCUCAUUAGAUUCGUGCAGGAAUGCGAUGGGUGUGAGCGCAGAAACGGGUCUGGGACGUGUCGGAGGUGACAGCGAGGGUCUGCCUGCCGGCCGAGCCGGGGUGCUGGCGGUGCCACCAGCGCAGUGUCGCCUGCGCGGGCCGGCCGGGAGCCAGCUGGCCCCGCGCUGUUUGCCUUGGCUGCGCCGGCUGCGCUCAGCCCGAAACCCGCCCGCUCCCGCAGCCACCGCCGCGCUCCCGGCCAGGAUGCCGGGACUGCCCUGCCGUGUUCAUCCCUGCCCGCUGACCCACCCAUGGGAAAACAAAGGAGAUGAGACUGUGAGAAAGCGAUCCCCGCGGAAGGUCCUUGCAAAAUCCAGCCUCUGGUGACGGAUCUGAUCAAGGCUCCGUGUGUAUGUGUGUGUGUGCACAUGUGCAUAUACAUGUGAGUCUCCCUCGGUGUUAUUUAUUUUUUAACUUAUUUAAUAUUUUUAGUACAAGCUUUAGUACACCCUUCCUGUUAGUGGACAGAUGGGGUUUCUGUGGGUUUGUGUGAAGCUGUGAGUUUUUCUGUCUCUGUGCCUUUUGCCAGUGCUUUUUAAUUUUUUUUUUUUAAGUUGUUUCUCUCAUUCACUGCUUUUAUGGAUUUUUGCUCUGUAUCCAGCAUCUGAGAUUGCUGCAGGUGCUGUCUGCAAAGAGCAGGUUCACCUGGAGGAAAGGCAGCUGGGUCACUUUGGUGUUGGUGAAUUGCUGCUGUGGUCAGACACACAAGGGGUGUUCAGGGCUGGCCACAACAUCAGGAUAAUAUCUGGGCUGGUUUUUGGGAGUCUCACACUCAAAGGCUCUUUCCCAGCCAUGAUUUUGAAUCAUCCCACAAGAACCCCUGCUGCCUUUCCCUGGCAGAGCCCAUGUCACAGAGCUCUUUCCCAAAUGUCCCUUUGACCCUGGAGCCAUCAACUCUCCCCAUUCACUGGACCUGCCUUGGCUCUGGGUUUGUCCCCCCUGUCCCAACCCCGUGCUCCAGAAAAUCCAACACCAUUUCUGCAGGUUUGCUGGGAAGCAAAGACAAGGGAUGUUUCAAAUCACUGUUCUUCUGUUCUUUCUUCAUUGGUUGCAGCACUCGGCUGAGCUUUGCUUUAUGUUAACUGCAAUUUUCUCAAUGUUUUUGUUGUUUUGGGGACUGAAUUUGCACCAAACUUGUCUGCAACAGCCAAUCACUGUUAUUUUGCUAUGCAUUGUACAUAUAUUGAACAGGCUGAGAGGACUUGGCCUCUAUUUAAUAUUUAUUUCUUCUAUUUAUUGAGCAUUACUUUAAAAAAAGCUAUUUGGAUGAUACUGUUGGGUCCAUGAAGGCAGGAGCUUUUGAAGUGGUGCCAGAUAUCUUGGAGAGAGGAAGGCAAAUUUGGUUCAUUUGGACCUCACCACCAGUACUUAGAGAGGAACCUCAUUGUGAUGGAGAUGGGCAAGGCAGGGGAAAACUCUCAAUUUCCUUGAAGCAGCUUCUGUUGACAAAUCACAUCCCCCUGGAAAGAAAUGGGGAAUUCAGAGGUGACAGCCAGCUCUGGUGGAGGAAUAACCCUGCUCCUCUUACUCUGUCAUGUGGCAUAGGGCUGCCAUCACCAAAAAUCCCUGGAGUUCUCUGAUCUCCCACUGCUGGUCCCCUCUCCCCUCUGGAGGUUGGGGACACUUGUCACCCUUUGGAUCGGUGAUGAGGAAGGGAAUAGGAUGGAAGUGACUGGCCGUGGUCUCCACCAGGAAGGAAGGAUGCCCACCCUGCCCCAUCCUGAGACCCCCGUGCUGUGCCCUGCUUUGCCCCCUUCCCCAGGCUUUGUGCCAGCAGCUUUUCCCUGGUGUGACCUCAGUAGCUGGCAGGGCUGGGAGGCCUCCCCUGCUGUGUCCAACACAAGCAGAGCUUGCUGCAGGCACCCUCCCCCAGCUUUGAGAAGAGCUAAAAUGAGAUGUACUGAAAGUCCCACCCUGCCCCAGCAUCGCUCCACCAAGGCUGCAGCCACUGCUCUGCUCACCCGGGGAGGUGUUUGUGCUCCUGGGGCAGAGCUGCCUGUGCUGCUGAGGGUGGGCACAGCUCCAGUGCCAGCCAGUGACACUGGGCUGCUCCUACAGAGCUGGCCCAGAGCUGCUGGGUGCUCAGCCAAGGCCUCUUGGGGUAUUUGAGAAAGGGGCAGGUUCAGGUGCCUAAGGGAAGUCUUUGCCCUUUAGUGUCCAGUGGGGUUUUAUGACCUCUUCACCAGAGAAUAAAUCAUUCUCAUCGCUUUGCUGCAGCCUGGUAGUUUGCACAUGACUGGAAGGGUCUCCAAAGCAACAGUGUCAUGGUCAAGGACCCCAGUUUUGGGCUAUUGCCUAGAGAACACUCUCACCAGCCCAGGGCAGCUCUCCACCUUUGAAACCCUGUGAAUGAGCAAAAGAUGUAGAUCAAAAGCCCAGACGUGAGAAAAUCCAGGAGGGAAAUGGUGCCUCUGUUCUCUGCCUGUUGGUUGAUUCCAUCCCCACCGACACCGGCACAUCUGUUUGAGUUCACUGUAAAGCUCCCCUUGCUCUCCAUCCACAUGUGUUCUGUAUCCUUUAGUCUUCCUGGGUGUUUGAGUUGUUAGCCUGGUUAGAAAAAGGUUCCAAUAAAGGUUUGGACAGUA